AAGGUCGGAGGGGAAAGUGGGUCGCUCCUUCGUUUGUUUAUCGGUGUGCGCGUCGCGUCACUGCGCGACACUUCAACGUGUUUGAACGCAUCCCGCCCAACAUGAAGGUAUCCUGACGUCGGAAAAGUUGCGGUUGCAAUGUGCCUUGCCUUCCUUGUCCUGGCUUUUUGCACUUCAUUGGCGAACCUCGUUGUGGUUGAUACUGCGGCUACUGCAACGGCCCAUCUGCGUGAGCGCAAUUGCACGGAGACAGCCGAAUGCCAGAGAGUUGACAAGGAGAGCUCCUGCAUUCAAGAUACCUGUGCGUGCUCAACUGGCUACCACUUGAUAACCAGCACUGAAUCAUGGUAUUGCAUCAGCAUGACUUUUGCCCCGCCAGUAACAACUAUGCAGACCCCCAGAGGCGAAAGUUUCAAGACGCCACCAAGGUACAACAUCAUCACAGUGGUCAUCAUCAUUGCGGUGCUCGUGAUGGCCCUCGUGUUUCUAAUCAGCAAACGGAGCCUAUACUUUUACUUCCCAUGCUGUAUGGGACCAACAACUCUGCAGAUGCUGCAUGAUGGCUCUUCUGGGACUGGAUUCCCUGGUGCAAGGGAGGAUAUCCUAGAUCCACCGCCUUCCUAUGCAGAAGCUGUACUUGACGUUCAACGUCUUCCUGCUUACCACCAAGUGUCAUUGGCCAAGGCAACAUGAUCCGGUAUUUUGAAUGCCUUUUAUGGCACUGCUUAGGAACCGUAAAUCCCACACAAAAUGAAUCUCACUGAGCACACUCCUCAUGGAACUCAAUUAAUGUACACAUGCAGCUAAAAGGGUCGUUGGAACUAAAUAAGUACAAUGCUGUUGACCAUUCGGAAUGGCGCAUAUGUAUGCGGCAGAUGCUUAAUGUAAAAUUGAUUUUGUUUUCAUCACCCAUGUAGGACGUACACGCAUCUUUUAGCAGGUAGUAUAUGACCCUUAUUCAUGUCUUAUAAGGGUGUGAUCUCUGUUUCCACAUGGACCUGUACUUUGAAAUACGAUUUAUACAAUGUGCAUGUAGACACAGUGUGUGCACAAGUAAAGUACAGGACACGUUAUUUACAAAAACACUUAUUUAUUUUUGACGGGCAUGCAGACCAACUUUUCUCUGCGUUGUGAAACAAGAGCAAAUGUCUACACAAUUAUGUUAUCUUAAGAUUAAAUUAUAAUAAAUGUUAUGCUACAUGAUAUAGACUGUUUUGCCCUGUAUAUAAAAGCAUUUGUGCUUUG